AGGGUUUGUUUCGCAAGAGAAUAAUCUGAGUUAAAGCAAUAGGGGGCCUUAGCCUGGAACCAAAACAAAGACAAGUAAUCCAUCCCUGUCAAAGUUUCUACAAAGCAGCCUACCAAACAUUACUCUAAUUAGCCCUUAUCAUGCUAUACCGCAAUUUUUUUAUCCGACCGCGAACUUUGUUUGUCUUUUUUAUAAUCCUUUCUUACUAACAACUCUUCAACAAUCCCAAGAUUUAGAUCAACAUAUCCUGUUUUUCUUCUUCUUCUUCUUCUCCUGUCCAGUUGCAAGGCCUACAAAGGAAAAUACCAGGCUAGAGUUUUUCUUGACCAAUUCUCUUUAUUCCAAUUUCCAUAGCCUCAGGACAAGAGAGGAAUUGGAAAUCAUGGUUGAAGAAGCAAUGGGCAGUGUCUCGAUCAGAAGAGGUCUCAAAGGCCAUGAGUUGUUGCCGUUCACAGUACAGUUCCUUAGAGGCCGAUGGUUUGCACUGUUUGCCUCCUUCCUAAUCAUGGCUGGAGCUGGUGCAACAUAUUUGUUUGGCACAUACUCCAAGGAGAUCAAAGCUACUCUUGGUUAUGAUCAGACGACACUCAAUCUCUUAGGCUUCUUCAAGGAUCUCGGUGCUAAUGUUGGGGUCCUUUCUGGCCUUGUUGCUGAGGUAACACCAACUUGGUUUGUGCUCCUACUUGGGGCUGUACUCAACUUUGGGGGCUAUUUCAUGAUAUGGCUAGCUGUGACCGGAAAAAUAGCCAAGCCAAAGGUUUGGCAAAUGUGCAUUUACAUCUGUGUAGGAGCCAAUUCUCAGAAUUUUGCAAAUACGGGAGCUCUUGUAACCAGUGUCAAGAACUUCCCUGAAAGCAGGGGUGCCAUGUUAGGUCUCUUGAAGGGCUUUACAGGGCUAAGCGGAGCUGUCAUGACACAACUUUACUUGGCAAUAUAUGGAAAUGAUUCAAAAUCUCUCAUCCUCCUUAUUGGGUGGCUUCCGGCUGCAAUUUCAGUGAUAUUUGUAUACACAAUUCGGACAAUGAGGCCUGUUAGGCACCCAAAUGAGCUUCGAGUCUUGUACCAUUUCCUCUACGCCUCGAUCGUGCUAGCAGUUUUUCUCAUGGCAUUAACUUUGGCUGAGAAACUGCUCACUUUCUCGAAAGCAGAAUAUGCUGGUGCUACCACAGUGGUUUGUUUCCUUCUCUUUGUCCCUCUCUUUAUUUCCAUUAGAGAAGAAUUAGUAGUAUGGAACAUCAAGAAACAGCCCAUAAACCCUCCAAACGAGAUAGCGGUAGAGAAGCCAAGAGCAGAAGCAGUUGAAUCAAAACAAGAGGCUUCGAACCUUAGUUCCCCAAAACAAGCUGAUGAAAAGGCAGAAAAGUCUUGUUUCCUUACCAUUUUUGAUAGGCCUGACAGAGGAGAGGACUACACAAUUUUGCAAGCACUGACAAGCAUUGACAUGUUGACUCUGUUUCUUGCAACAUUUUGUGGACUUGGAUCGAGCUUAACAGCCGUAGACAACUUGGGGCAGAUCGGUGAGUCGCUUGGCUAUCCGAAUAAAACAGUAACUUCUUUUGUGUCACUUGUUAGCAUCUGGAAUUACUUCGGGAGGGUCUUUUCUGGGUUUGUCUCCGAAACCCUGCUUGCAAAGUAUAAGCUUCCGAGGCCACUCAUGAUGACAGCAGUCCUUCUGCUUGCAUGCAUUGGCUACCUCCUGGUCGCCUUUCCAGCCCCAGGUUCACUCUAUAUAGCGUCAAUAAUAAUUGGAUUCUCAUUUGGUGCGCAAUUGCCAUUGCUUUUCGCCAUCAUUUCUGAGCUUUUCGGCCUAAAGCACUACUCUACAUUGUUCAAUUGUGGACAAUUGGCUAGUCCUCUUGGGUCAUACAUAUUCAAUGUGAAGAUUACUGGUUGGCUGUACGACAGAGAGGCAUUGAAGGAUCUUGCAGAGAAAGGUCUAACACGGUCCUCAGUGAAAGAAUUGACUUGCAUUGGCACUCAUUGUUACAGGGUACCGUUUAUAAUUUUGGCUGCUGUUACAUUCUUUGGAGCCUUGACUUCUCUGAUUUUGGUGGUGAGAACUAGGAGUUUCUACAAAAGCGAUAUAUACAAGAAGUUCAGAGAAAAUGCUGAGAAGUUAUGAUGCAGGAAAGAGUCAUUCGGCCUAGGCAUAUGAUAUAGAAUGGCGGUGAGAUUGAACUUGGUUCGCAAUUGAUACAGGACUAAUGACACAGUUGCAAAGUGGGUUUGUUCCUAUUUCAUUUCCCCUCCCCUUGACCCGGAUGGUUUCAAAGGCAUUCCCACCUUGUCAUCUGUUUAAAUUUUUUAUGUACAAUUACUACCUCGUAAUCUAAAUUUGCUUUCAGAAAACAUUGGACAGUGCUCGGCGGGGAAUGCUUAUAUCAUUUGGCUUGUGAUGGCAUAACUUUUGGCUUUUA